CUCCUCUCCUAGACUCCGCCCCACAAAAACAGAUUCGCUCUCAGCAUUAUAAAAUCUCGGCCCGGCAGAAUGUGCAGACCCAUAGAAAUUCUCAUUAACAUUGUUGCCUUACCAUAAAAGCCCUCAUCGUCCCCUCUACUCCAUUCUGUCAUUUGUUGUUUCUAGUUUCUCUGCUCUCUCUCUAUUGCCUUCCUCUUCCUUGUCUGUUUCCCAUUCUGGACACACAAUUUUCAAGUCUGUAUUUAAUCAUACAUAAACAUAUUCUCUGUGCAUACAUAAUCCUACAUUUAUAGGCUAAAAAUACACAAUGGGGAGGAAGGAAACAAAAGGGAGGACCUCUAGAAUCGGCAGCUAUGCGAUUGCUUCUUCAAUCUCUGACCCCAAUUCAGUUUCUUGCACAACCUUCAAUAUCCUUGCCCCCAUUUACAAAAGAAUCGCUCACGAGGAACCCAGCAUUAGAGAAAGCCAUUUCAGGGAGUUUUGGCUGGAUAGGAACCAGAGGAUUUUGGAUUGUUUAUUGCUUGAAAGAUCUUCCAUCAUUUGCCUUCAGGAAUUUUGGGUUGGGAAUGAAGAGCUUGUUGAUCUGUAUAACAAGAGACUAGGAGAUGCUGGCUAUCUUAUUUUUAAGCUUGGCCGAACUAACGGCCGUGGUGAUGGUCUGCUGACUGCUGUUCACAAGGAUUACUUUACAGUAAUAAGCCAUCAAGAGUUGCAUUUCAAUGAUUUUGGAGACCGAGUUGCACAGUUAUUACAUGUUGAGCUAGUUUUACCCCCCUCAGCAUGCCGGAAUAAUAAUGUUAGACAAGAAAUGCUUAUAGUUAACACACACUUGCUUUUCCCGCACGAUUCAAGUCUUUGCUUGGAACGAUUGCGUCAGGUGUAUAAAAUAUUGGAAUAUGUGGAAUCAUAUAAAAAAGAAAAUAAGCUUAACCCUUUGCCGAUCAUGCUCUGUGGGGAUUGGAAUGGAAGCAAAAGAGGACAUGUUUACAAGUUUUUGAGGUCUCAGGGAUUUGUAUCAUCAUAUGAUACUGCACAUCAGUACACCGAUGCAGAUGCACAUAAGUGGGUGAGCCAUCGUAAUCAUCGAGGGAACAUCUGUGGAGUAGAUUUUAUAUGGCUCCUUAAUCCUACUAAAUACAGAAAGUUGCUAAAAACAAGUUGGAGUCAGGCCAUCUUUGGGAUGUUUAAGUAUCAACUUCGCCGAGCCUCUUUGUCAGAGGAAAAUGCAUUUGCCUUUUUGAAGGCUGAUAGAGAUGAUGAUUGCAUUACAUAUUCAGAUUUCUAUGAAGCAUUGCGGCAGCUUAAUUUAAUUGGCCAUCGCAACGGACUAAGUAUUCAGGAGAUUAGUGAUUUGUGGGUCGAAACAGAUAUUGAUGGAAAUGGUGUUGUUGAUUACAAAGAAUUCAAGCAACGCAUAUGGAACCCGACAUGGUCUGAACAAAGAGACAUAGCAUACAAUGACUCUUGGGAUGACAGUGAAAAUGCCAGUGAGGAAACAAUUGGUUUUAGCAUCCAGAAUGCGGUUCUUUUCCCAAAGGAAGCUGAGAAGGGAAUAUGGCCCGAAAACUACUCUCUCUCUGAUCAUGCCAAGCUAACUGUUGUAUUUUCACCCGUAAGAAUGUGUGAUCUUAGUCGUCCAGCAAAUCGUUGAAAUGCUGUAGUUUAGAAUUAGUUUCAAGUGGAAAUGGUCUUGUCGGAUUAUAGGUAGAUCACAUAGCCUACUUCCCGUGAUCCAUGGCUUCUCUGCUAGAAGACACAUGUGGGAGGUUACGUUGGGAGAAACCCUGAUUGGGAAAUGAUUGCUUUCAUCAUAAUGUGUAAAUAACAUUGCUGGAUCUUUGUCGAAGAGAUGGCCUCUUGCUGCUCAUUCAUCCAGUCGUGUUCAUCAGGGACUGAUUAUCUGGUUGGUCUGUUUCUGAAAAACCAUUGUUUAUGCCAAUGAAUAAAUUACUACUCCGUACAUAAUAGUUUUGGUAUUAGUAUUACGGAGUAUAACUUAACAAACACUCCGUAUAUUUGAGUUAAAAUGUAAUUUAACAAAUACAUUUUAACUAAUUGAAUUUCAAUACGAUACAUGUAAAAAAAAUUGAAUUUUAAUACGAUACUUCUUUCAUGAUACAACUUUGUAGUUCACUAUAAGGUAUUGUAAAUAUCUUGUGCUCGAUACAAGGUAUGAUUUUAAUUAGAUUAUUAGAAUGGACUACCAGACUUGGAUACUGUUUGUGUUUGCUCCUACUUGUAAGAAGUGAUUAAUUUCAGAAUGUUAUAUGAAGAAUAAAUAAUAGAGUAAAUGUUGAUAGCAUUUGAA